CGCCUUGAACGGACUCAACCAGCUGACCGCUUGUCAGUCGAGUGGGAUCGGGUGAUAAAUGAUAACAAAGCCAGUGCGGAACCCAAACAAAUAAGUUGCUUCGAUGCGCCAGCUUGUUUGCAGCAGUCCUAAUUGAAUGGAUAACUCAAAUCUGAACUUGGCACAUUAUUACGGGCGCAGGGCUGAAAACCACUUGAAACAUUUCCGUUAUGACAAAGCCAUUGAGAACUACCAGAAAGCUGCAGAGUUCACGGAGGAGGCAAUGAAGGGUAUCACCUCGCAGACAGUUCUGGCCUCCCUACGGCUGCAGCACAAGGACCACAUGCGCCAAGUGAAUUUAAUCCAGCUGAAGAAGGCGAUGGUCGACAAGUACAUUAAAGAGUUGGAGCGCCAGCGGGAGAACGAGUCCAACCCGAAGAAGCGCAGUCCUAAUGGGUCCCGUUCCAGUGCGUCGACAGAUCGCAGCAACGAAUCAUCCCCCAAACAGUCCAGCCAAGGGUCCUCGACGGAUGCCAUCUGCAGAACCAUUCUGGAGAUGGAUUUGCAGGAGAACUCGAUCCCGCAGCUCGCCCCACUGGAACUCCCGCCGCUGCUCGAUUUCGAGAGUUUCAGCUUCAAUAGACUUGACAAAGAUGAUCUCUAAGUAAUUGUACGUGAUUAGAACUUUUAAAGGCGUGUGAAAGCGGGAAAGGGUCCCGCAGAAUCGGAGGAGAAUGGCGCUGCAAGGCUUUAGAUGUAAGUGAGUCGACUGAGAUUGUUUCCUUCGCGUAGUUAGCCAUUGUGUUGUGUAGAAAUGCGAAUGAUUGGGUGGAAAAUUUUAAGACUAAAGUGAUUGAAAAUGAUUACCUGAAAAUAUUUCUCAAUAAAGCGUAACUGAAGUACA